CGCACUGGAGGAUGCCAGAUCCAAGGCACCGGGACAAGGACGAGAUUGGCGCGCGCGCGCGAUCGACACGCGCAUUCGCUUCGGAGAGUCAGAGACUGAGUCGUUACUCGAUUACGACGAAUCCAGUCUCACGAGCGAGGCAUCGGCUCGUCCCCCUCCACUUCUUCCAACCCACUAGUUCGCGGUAUUCGGGGGAAAGAGAAAGAGAGAGUGGCGUGCUGGACGAUUCCGAAAAGUGCAAUUGGCGAGGAGCACGACUUCUAUCCGUGGUGGUUACGCACGAGUCUUCCUGUCUCCUGUUUCGCGCUUUGCGUACUUUUUUACGACACACGCGGCCAACGCAUAUUACUGGAUCAUUGUAUAAUACUUUUGUUUGUGUGUGUGUAUGCGUGUUGUCAAGUGUUACCGCGGAGGGAAAAGUUUAAAAAAAAACGUAGAUUGCAAAGCCUGCUUCUAAUUUUUUCCGUAUAUUUCGGGAGAAUUAAGGAAGAUUUGAGAAAGAGUACAAGAAUUUUUGCAUGGCGGAGAUGGAAAUUGAAACGACAAUAUUAACAAUCCUUUCAACGUAGAUCCGGAGAAGAUCGAGCAGACUGUUAAAUAUGAACGAAUUCAUUUUUGUUAAUGGUAAGCAACUGGGCUGAUGCAAUUGGCCUGGACCUGCGGAAACUCGCCGACAGACUUAUACAGCCAGAAUUACUGGUGAACGAGUACAAGAAGAAGGGCGUGCGAGUGAUCAAGAAGAAAGGCGAAGACAUUAUCAAGCGCAUAAGCAUCAAUGUUGCCAGGAUGCUCAGCAAGAAGAUGGACGCCGUCAAGUGUUUGUACAAGGAAGCCGAGAGGAUUUCCGAGGAAUGGGAAUAUCUCAGUACGGAUCAAUUGAAUCUCACGUACUACUCGACCAAGUACAGCAAUUCGACCAAUGGAACUGAUUUCUAUGAGUCCAAAGUGCCCUCAAAUAUGUUUAAGCACAAUGACAGCUACAUGAUGAUGUACUUAGAGCCAAACACGCACUUCAACAACGUAUCGGUGAACGUCACUCAUUCAGCAGUGCACACACCGACGAACGUAUACGAUCAACUGGAAACACUGAAAAACACGAUAACGUGGUCGGAACGAAUGGACCGAAUAUUCAAGCAUAACUACAAAUCGGAUCCAGCGCUGUUGUGGCAGUACUUCUGCUCGAUGACGGGAAUGCUACGACAAUUCCCAGCCAUGCGUUGGCCAUUCGGUCAAGACCAAUUGGGAAACGACUUUGCUGACGUCUACGACUGCCGCGUAAGAAGUUGGUUCAUCGAGGCUGCUACCUGCACCAAGGACGUGGUCAUUCUUGUUGACAAUAGCGGUAGCAUGUAUGGCAUGAGUAAUACCAUCGCGAAAUCAACGAUAUCGGUAAUCCUGUCCACGCUGUCGAACAACGAUUACGUCGCGGUAUUGAACUACACGAACGUGACGUCAGAGGUGGUGCCGUGCUUUCACGACAUGCUCGUGCAGGCGACGCCGGACAAUCUGCGAAAGAUCAACGACGAGGUGACGCACAUGAAGCAAGAGAAUAUGGCCAACGUCACCACCGCCUUCAUCGCGGCGUUCGACUUGCUCGCGAAGUACAGAACCGUUGAACGCUGCGGUCCUAACUUGAGCUGCAAUCAGCUCAUCAUGCUCAUUACGGACGGCAUUGCCUCCAAUAUUACCGAGAUAUUCGAGCAGUACAAUUGGCUGAAUAACGGGACAAUGCCGAUCAGAGUGUUCACCUACUUGCUCGGCAAAGAAGUGACGAACGUGCGAGAGAUUCAAUGGAUGGCGUGUCUGAAUCGCGGCUACUACACACACAUUCAUACGCAGGCCGAGGUGCCAGAGCAAGUGCUGAAGUACAUCGCAGUGGUCGCAAGGCCACUCGUGCUGCACGGCAAAGUGCAUCCCGUGGUCUGGACGCACGCCUACGUCGAUAUCUCGCGCGAGGAAAACACGCCACCCAUCACGAAAGACCCGACGUUCGUUGACGAGGGCGUGGAUAUUACCGAUCAGGAGGACGAGAUAGCCAACACGAGCGGCGCGACAGGUAUAAACUGGCGCGAUCGUCUGUUAACCUCGGUGAGCAUUCCAGUGUUCGAUCGCAAAGGUAACGAGGAGAGCAAGGCCGAGGGUAAGAAGCGCGAGGCGAACCUACUCGGCGUGGUGGGCACCGACGUGCCGCUCAAGGACAUACGCAAGCUCACGCUGCCGUACAAGCUGGGCGUGAACGGUUACGCCUUCAUCGUCUCCAAUCUCGGCUACGUGGUUUACCACCCGGCCCUGAAGCCCGACUACCAGGGCGAAUUGAAGCUCAACUUCAACAGCAUCGAUCUCACGGAAGUGGAGAUCCUCGACGACGACAGCGAGCCGAGGGUGGCCAGCGACGUCAUCAAGAAGAUACGCGAGAGCCUGGUCAAUCACACGUGCGGCUCGGAGAAGAACGUGAAGGUGAAGCUGCAUUACGACGAUUGGCGCAGGGUCACGCUGGAGAGCCGCGACUACUUUUACGCCGCGCUACCGCUCACGCCGUUUGGCAUAGCAGUCGUGCUGCCGCAAUACGGCCGCUACCACAUCAAGGUGUCCAAGGAAAUCGACCUCUUCCACAAUCCGCGCAACAUCUCCGACUUGUUCGCCGGCGACCACUGGGGAAUCCAUCCGGACUGGGUGUACUGUCGCUACCAUUACCUGGAGGGCCACGAGUUCGAUACACCCGAGGACGAGCUGCGUCACUUCCUCACCAUAGUUGGUAAUUUUUCCAAGAGCGAGGCCGAACGUUUUCCCAAGCAGUACAACAAGUACGAGAAUGCCAGGAAUGUAGCGCCGAAUGAUUCCAGCGACGACCACAACGACAACCACGACGAUGACGACGACGACGAUGAGCACCUCGCAGACGAUUGCGAGUUCGAAGAUUUGGCUCAGUUGCAGUCGGAAGAUUACGAACCUGACUGCGGCAGCGUCGAUGAUACGGUGGAUGACGUCGAUUACCAACGCCACUACAACGACCACUACUGCGAUAAAGAGCUGAUGGAGCUGCUGAUCCUGGAUGCUCAGGCGACGUUCGAGAGCUUCGACGGCGAACUGGAGCCGGAAAAGUGUCAAGACUCCAUGCAGGUGUAUAAUUACAGCCGGGAUUACGGCGUGUUCGUGCGGUUCAUGGCUACGCAGAGUGGCCUCACGAGGUGGCAGACCGUGAAGAAUUACAACCGCACCAUGUCCGAGAAGCAUGUCAGAGAGUUUGCCAAGCACAAGCGAGCCCUCGACGAGGCUUGGUACAAAGGAGCUAUACUGCAGAACGAGAUCGACUCCGAAAGCAUUUCCGUGACAGUGCCGGUGAUAAGGAGCGACGAAAGAGCCGACGACACCGUGGCUACCAUUUCCGUGGGCAUUUUCCCGAUGGACAACGGUCUGAAAGCGCCGGCGGGUGUCGCGGGCAUUCAAGUGCCGGUUAUCAAAUUUUACGAGCAAUUCAUGUCGCUGACGUCGAGGGACUCGUUCAAUUGUAACUUGACCGCGGUCGACUGCUACCUGAUCGAUCAGAACGGCUACAUCGUCAUCUCGGAGGCGAAGCACGCGGACGCCGGCAAGUUCUUCGGCUCGAUCGACAUCAAUGCUCCCGUCAUGAAGUCGCUCAUUCGCCAGGGACUCUUCAACGAAGUCACCGUUUACGAUUACCUGUCGGUGUGCCACGACACGAGGGAGGAGAGCGCCGCGACUUUGUUCGAAAAUCCAUUCGCCUACACGUGGAACUUGGUCACGUGGCUGCUCGCCAAACUAAUCAUGUACGCCUCGCAAUUCCACAACCUGCCGUACGUCCUCGCCCAAGACGAGGAGGCCGACUUCUCCAAACCGCCCAAGAUGCACAUAUUCCGGACGGCUCGUCCGUGCGACAUGCAAUCCACUCUGUACAUCGUCAACAAGGCUGCCUUCAACAGAAGCUUCACCAACGAGCAGGACAGCUGCGCAUUGCCGUUUUACGCGCACAGAGUGCGCUACACGAACCUUAUCCUCGUGGUGGUGAUAACCGACCGACAAAGCUGCUACGAUCACGUGGAUGUGACUCCAGUCGAGAUUGCAACGGAAGAGCCACCCUGUCACAAACUCAAACUGAACGAACUUUACAAACGACGUCUCAAGCAUUGCUUCACUCAACACGACGAGGAGGAUGAAAUUGAGUCGUGUGGCCGCGCCAGCGGUCUUCAAUUGUCGCUAUGCCUUGUCGCUGCCCUAACUAUCAAGUGCUUACUUAAUUUUUUGUAACGAGAAUGACAUGUGUUCAACAAAAAGAAAAAAGAUGCUACUAGUCUAGUCAUUGUGUGUUGUUGCACUACUCUGCCUGGAUAUUGAUUCGCGACCCGCAAAGUUCAAAGUCCGAAUUACUGUCGACAACUGAGCAUCGAUGACACCAUCAUAGGACUUAUUUCGGCAAGUCGUACUCGCGCAACUUGUUAGAAAAAAUCCAUUGGAUCACAUCAAUGCUCUAUCCUUGACAAUAAUUCGAAUUGUGAAUUUUGCGGAUCGCGAAUUGAUGUCUGAGCAGAGUACGAUACUGCAAAAAUGCCUGAUUCCUUUUUUAUUUAUCGUAUGUUGCUCAUGCAAAGUUCUUUAUUACCGAGGUUCUUAUGAAGCCUCAGUGGCAUUUGUUUCUUUUUUAAUUGUGUAUCAAUACAUACGUUUAUUAUACUCUACUCGUACCAAUUAGAUUUAUUACACGUGAAUUUGUUAUAUAAAAUUAAGACAAUAAAUGAUUUA